UGGAAACAUGUACUUGAGAAACAAGCGAGCUGCGAGAGCGAGAGGCUUAUUGUAAUGGACAUUUCUUAGGAAGUUGCCCUCUGAUGGAGAACAGCUCACCCAAGUAACCAAACCCACUUGACAUAUUAACAUAACCCUUUGUGACCCUCUUGCCUAUAUAUACCUUCUUUACAUUUCUCAUCUUUAUCAAAGCCAAUCUUUCUUAGCUCCUUCUAUUUCUUUAUACUGUUUUUCUCUGUCUCUCUGUCCCACCGUUUUUGCUGUUAAACUUAAACCAUGCCUGCUCAAGUGAUGCCCGAGCCAUCCCUUCAGAAUAUUCAUGUUAUGGGUUGGGAAGAUAAUUCUCCAAUCUCUCAUAAAAGGUUGGAGGGCAAGGUUGCAAUCAUCACAGGUGGAGCUAGAGGCAUCGGAGAAGCAACAGUGAGACUAUUUGCGAGACAUGGAGCCAAAGUAGUCAUUGCCGAUAUUGAAGACACUCUUGGAAAUUUACUUGCUGAUACAUUAUCUUCUUCUGCUAGCUUUGUUCGCUGUGAUGUUAGCUCAGAAGACGACAUGGAGAAUUUAAUAAACUCAACAAUCUCUCGGUACGGUCGCCUUGACAUUCUUUUCAACAAUGCCGGGGUGCUCGGAAACCAGUACAAAAACAAGAGCAUUAUCAAUUUCGACCCAGAUGAGUUCGACCGAGUCAUGCGGGUGAAUGUCAAAGGAACCGCUCUAGGAAUCAAACACGCCGCCCGAGUUAUGAUUCCUAGAGGCGGCGGAUGCAUAAUCUCCACUGCAAGCGUGGCCGGCGUCAUGGGAGGCCUCGGCCCACAUGCUUACACAGCUUCGAAACACGCCAUUGUUGGGCUAACAAAAAACACCGCGUGUGAGCUUGGACGAUAUGGGAUUCGGGUCAACUGUAUUUCCCCAUUUGGCGUGGCGACUUCUAUGCUUGUUAAUGCUUGGAGGACAGUAGAUGAAGAAGAUGACUGCAUGAAUUUUGGAUUAAUUCCCAGUGAAGAAGAAGUGGACAAGAUGGAAGAGUUUGUGAACGGACUUGGCAAUUUAAAAGGCUCAACUCUAAGAGCUAAAGAUGUUGCAGAGGCGGCGCUUUAUUUAGCCAGUGAUGAAUCAAAAUAUGUAAGUGGCCAUAAUCUUGUUGUAGACGGUGGGGUCACCACAUCAAGAAAUUGCGUUGGUUUGUAAUUAAGUUCAUUGGAUUAAUUAAUUUCUUAAUUAUAUUUUAGUCAA